AUGAAAGUGCCCAGCCACCAAGCCGGCCCGUCGCUGCCGCCGCCGCGCCACACGAUCGUGCUUCUCACGACGGGCGCUGCGUUUGGCUUUGCCAUGAACAAGGGCCAAGUCUACCUCCCGAUGAUCAUUAUGGAGCAAAUGGCCUUUCAGCGCUUUACGAUGAUGAAGAUGUUUGUGAGCGCGCUCGGCAUGUCCUUUCUCUCGAAAGCCGUCUUUCGCGCGUUGCAACCGGAUGCGUUUCAGCGCAUGCAGUCGAGUCGCGCGACCAACCCGAGUACGUCGACCGCUCUCAUUCUCGGCGGCCUCGUGCUCGGCGCCGGCAUGACGGUCAGCGGCUCGUGCCCUGGCUCGGUCUACGUGCAGCUUGGCGCGCAGAUCCCGUCCGCCCUCGCUUGCCUCGCGGGCACGGCGCUGGGUGCAGGUAUCGCUGGCGCCCUCCGUUUCCGCAUUGCCAACUGGCAGAAGGACAAGCCCAAGGUCGCCACGACGAUGCCGCUCACACCUAUGACACACGGUCUUGUCGGCGUCGCCUGCUUGUCCGUCGCAGCCAUGCUCGAGGUCAUGCUGCCCGAGCCGUUUACAAGCACGUCGACCUCUUGGCGCCCGAGCGUCGCCGGAGCUGUCGUCGGCGCACUCCAACUGCCCAUGGCCUUUCUGUUGAACAAGUCCCUUGGUGCGUCCGCUGGCAUCAAAAUCGCCCUCGGCGAAGUCUCGAACGCCGUCUGCUGCGCUGUCGGCCGUCCCACCUCGUGGCUGCCGCGCUUGUCGGACGCAUCGCAAGCUCUCUUUGUGCUUGGCAUCAUCGCUGGGUCGUAUGCGGCCACGUCGCCCGACGCCAACGGCGGAGUGUACCCGAGCACGCUGCGCUCGGUACUUGGCGGCGCCAUGAUCGCCUUUGGCGCGAGCCUCGCGGGCGGCUGCACGUCGGGCCACGGCCUCUCGGGCACGGCCAUGCUCAUGAGCUCGUCCUGGCUCGUGCUUCCGUCUAUUUUCCUCGGCGGUAUGACCACGGCGGCGCUUCAAUACCUGCUCUAA